GAUGGAGACUCACGUGGAGAAAUAAUAAUACUUUUGCUGCCCGACAAUCGUUUCUUUGACCAUUUCCAACUAGCAUUUGAUAUUGGGAGUACAUAAAUUCCUCCAAAUAAGGUGACUCCAAGAAAGCCCUGACAAUUGAUUGAUUGAGUAGAUUAAGAUGGAGCCAGUGGCCAAGCGAAGGAAAGCAAUGGAUAUAUAUGACACAGAGUCUUGGGAUGUUCUCCCUGUCCUCUCUGAUGAGCAGUCACGGGACACUGAACUGUUGCCGGCCUUUGCAGCUCCAAUCAUUGAGAAAAGAGAAACAUCUCGCCUUAUCAAAGAGCUUUCUCUGAGCCACCCCUUACCUGGUCUCCAGCACAUAAAAAGAGUCAGGGCUUGCAAAGACAAAAGCAGACCCCAUCCUUUGGAAAUCAUUGUGUGCUUGGUCAAAGAUGUGCAAAAGAUGGAUGCAAGAAAAGAAAUUACACUUGCUGAUCUGCUUUGCACACAUUCCUUUGACUCUAGAGGUUUGGGAGAGCUUUUUCUGGUUGAAAUCCCAGCCAGUCCACCACUGACCAGGGCACAGUUUGAAAAAGCUAGUAAACAUUGGCCUACAUCAUUUCACGAGGACAAACAAGUGACAUCUGCUUUGAGAGGGCAGUUGUUCACUGCUGAUCAGAAAGCUAAAAUGCAAGAGUAUAUGAUGGCGGCUAUCAAGGCUGCAAAAUACGGGCGGGAGAGAGGUAUGGAUGCUGUGGGUGCUGUGAUUGUUGACCAAUCUGAGCAGAUCAUUGCUGUGGGUCAUGACUGUAAGAACAUCUCUCAUCCACUUCAUCACGCUGUCAUGGUAUGUAUUGACCUUGUGGCCUGUGGACAAAGUGGAGGCGCCUACAAUUAUGAGAAAUAUCCAGCCUGUCACUAUAGCAGCCCAGAGACUUCAAGCAGUGCAACUGAAUCUGGACAGCCGUACAUCUGCACCGGAUAUGAUCUUUACGUCACUAGAGAGCCUUGUGUGAUGUGUGCAAUGGCAUUGGUCCACUCAAGAAUAAACAGAGUGUUCUAUGGGGCACCCUCUGCAGAUGGUGCCUUGGGAAGCAAGUAUAAAAUUCAUUGCCAGAAAGAUUUAAAUCACCACUUUGAAGUGUUUAAAGGGGUGAUGCUGAACACAUGUGAGGCUUUACACAAAAAUGAUUUUAUAAUUUGUUCUUAAGGGAUGUGAUUAUUAAAGACAUUUUAAUUGUUUUAAAUACAAUAAAUUCUGUCAUAUGUAUGUGUGUAUAUAUAUAUAUAUAUAUAUAUAUA